CACUCUUCCCACACAUUCUGCAAAGCAUUGAAGAAGCCUUUCUUGGGAAACUAUCUCUCUUGAUCUUUCCCAGAAAAUCUUGGCGUCACGUUGGAGUCCAUAAAAAACAGAUAAACAUGUCACAGGACGUAAUUUCGUCGCAUGAACAGCUCUCAAUGGAUGAGAUCACAAGCCCUCUCACCGCUCAAAUCGUCGACUUCUGUGAUCCGCAAUUCUUUCAAGAGACCUUUAAUCAAACUUCUGAAGUGACCUCUGCUUCAAAUUGUUGUGGCUAUGUCGAAAACAUCAACAACAACAAUUGUUUGAAUCAAGACCAUGAAGACAACAACAACAACAAUAAUAAUGACAACGGUGACUUAUCGAUCAUAUUCGACUCACAAGACGAUUUCGAUAACGACAUCACAGCUUCCAUAGAUUUCUCCUCCUCUAUUCAGUUUCCAGCGUCUGAUCAACUCCAAGACCAGUUUGAUUUCACCGGAGUUCAGCUUCACCAGCCUCCCAACAUCCUCUACUCUUCAUCUUCUUGUGAUCCUCUGCCUCCUCCUUUAUCGGUUUUUGAAGAUGAUUGUCUUUCUUCUGUCCCAAGUUACAAUCUUGGCUCCCUAAACCCUACUUCCCCCUCUUGCUCUUUUUUGGGUAAUCCCGGUUUACCAACUUACAUGUCUGUAACCGGGAAUAUGAUGAACACCGGUUUAGCCAUUGAAAGAUCUGGUUUUUACUCCGGUAGUCUCCAUUUUGGCUCUGAUUUUAAACCAUCACAUGAUCAAUUGAUGGAAAUCCAGGCUGAUACUAGUGGAAUGUUCUUUCCAGAUUCAGUAAAACCCAUCUUCAAUCAAGAAAAUCAUCACCUCCAGACACUUGACGGUGGCGAGAACCAGAACAACCUGGUGGCAACACCGGUUCUUCCACCAUUAGGAACAGAUAUAGCCGGUUUAGACGACGGGAGUGUCAACAAAGUAGCUAAACUCACCGCUGAGCAGAGGAAAGAGAAGAUUCAUAGGUACAUGAAGAAGAGAAACGAGAGAAACUUUAGCAAGAAAAUUAAGUAUGCAUGUAGGAAGACAUUAGCAGAUAGUCGUCCAAGAGUAAGAGGAAGGUUUGCAAAGAACGAUGAAUUGUGUGAACCACAUAGACAUGGUUCUUCAAGCCAUCACGAAGAAGAUGAUGAUGAUGUGGGGGUCAAGGAAGAAGAACAAUUGGUUGAUUCUUCAGACAUAUUUUCACACAUAAGUGGUGUCAACUCUUUCAAGUGCAGUUAUCCAAUCCAGUCUUGGAUUUGAGU